AUGCUCCUGUCCAGUUUUGGGCAACCGGACAGUAUCUCAGCCCUCCUAGUGUCUUCGGGUGGCGUGCCAGCUAUGCGCCCAAAGGGUGUAACACCCGAACCAUCACCAACAGAGUUUGAGAAACACACUCAUUUGCAAAUCAAUUUGGUUUUCACGGAAGACUCAAUUGGAUCUCUCGUUUAUGUCCUCCAACUGAAUGUGCCGCACACAGGCCGCCUCAUGAUUCAGUUGGCACGAUAUUCGAGAUAUCGCAGUACAUUUUCAUAA